AUGAUUCAAUUAAAUAUAAGAGAUACUAAACAACUAAAGCCUGUUACAGAUGUCUUGAAAGAAAACCAAUGGCUAAACAAGCAAAAGAAGAUUGAGAAUCAUAAUGGCGUGUUUGUAAUUUACACCAACCUAAAAUCACUUCCACCAAUACUUUCGCAAUACGAUUUCUCCCAAUACGAUAAUGAGCCAAGAGCCAAAAUCAGUUUGCGCUAUUGCAUAGAAACAUACUAUAAACAGCAUGGCUUGAACAAGUUGGAUUUUGAAAUUCCCAAGAAAUGGUCCAUCUAUCCACCAAUGGUGCUUUUCAAUGCCAACACCGAUAAAAAAUACUUACCCAAAGCAUUAUGUCAAGAGCUUUUAAAACACCAAGUCAAGAUUUUUGGUCGUUGUGGAAUUACCCAUUUGGCUAUAAAUAAACCAAUAAUUGAAUCCGAUGUAAUGAGGCGGCCGUUCAAUAUAGUGCCCUUGUAUGGCGAUUUUGGACCAGAGCUUGCUAUGGAUCAUUGGCCAACUGAAGCAGAUUUUACCAAUGCGUUUUGGUGUCAUGUUGUCCAAAACGGAAUAUACCAAACUUGGGCUCCAAAGUAUACCAUGUUUUCAAGAGGUAACAUAAAGGAAAAGAAGAGAAUAUUAGAUUGCUACAAGAAUUUGGAUGGCAGCAUUGUAGUGGACUUUUAUUGUGGAAUUGGCUACUUUGCCCUAAGUUACUUGAAAAACGGAGCUAAAGUUUUGUGUUGGGAAAUUAAUCCGUGGUCAAUUGAAGGAUUCAAAAGAGCAUUGCAACAUGCUGGUUACAAGUAUAAAAUUUAUCAACAAGAUGAAAGUUUCCAGAUUGACGAAUUGAAAAAUGUUGAUGCAUGUUUGUUUUUGGAAAGCAAUGAAAAAUUACUAGAGAGAUUUGAGCAUGUAAAGGAAAAGAAAUUGAAUAUAAAACAUAUCAAUCUAGGCUUAUUGCCUAGCUCGAGACCUAGUUGGAAAACGGCUCAUCAAUUGGUUACUAAUAAAUCUUGUUGUGAGACAAUUGUCCAUCUACAUGAAAAUGUUCACACUAAUUAUAUCGAUACUUUAAAAAAUGAGAUCGAGGCUAGAUUUCAAGAGAGUCGCGUACUUUAUGUUGAAAGAGUAAAGACAUUUGCUCCUGAUAUCUGGCAUAUCGUCUACGAUGUUGAAAUUAAAUAA